CGCGUGUACAUGUCUAUCCUGUGUGAGAGUGAGAGCUGAUAAAAUGUUGCUACUGACUUUGUUUUACAAAGACAGAGAUCUACAUCUACAUCUUGAUUCUGUCUAGAUCUUAGGAAUCUUAGUCUAGAUUCUAGAUAUAUUUUCAAACAAAUACUGAAAUAGAUCUAGAAAAGGGUCUUGACCUAGAUCUAGUCUAGUUUAUUACUUUAUUUUUAUGGCCAUGGCUAUGCAGUGCUAUUCAAACACCUCUAUUCAACUCUAUUGGAUCUAGAUCUAGAUCAUCUAGACAGAGUUUAAACAAAGGCAUUCAGUCAAGUCAGAGAAGACAAGAUCUUUACUGUAUUCAAACCUGAACUUUGGUCACAUUUUGUCCCUAUUUGUCUCUAUUUGUCCGAGAACGAUCAACUCAAAUAGGUUGUGAUAGGGAGGAAUGGAAAAUGUUCACAAUGCCAUAGCAUGGUAUCAAAAAAAGAUUGGCUCCUAUGACAAACAACUUUGGGAACAGUCAGUGGAGAAAAAACUACAAAAGCAACCUCCAUUUGUUCUUCACAAUGCACCUUCCAAGAAAGUUCGUUUAAAGACUGAGUAUAUUGAUGUGGAUUUGAUUCGAGGUUCCACGUUUGCCAAAGCCAAACCACAAGUACCAUGGGUGUACAUCACAAGGAAAGCCAUUGCUCGAGUUUUAUUUUUUCCAUUUUACUACAACUGGUGGGUUCACCAGACGUCCAAACAGCUCUAUGCUGUUUUGUUGGUGCUGUAUGUGCUGCAGGUACUUACAAUAUUUGUGUACCUGCGCAACUUUGACCACAGCAUUAUGGAGGAUGAACUGUCCUUUACUGAAGUGAUCUUGCCAACAAUACUGAUGUUCCUGCUGUGUCUCAUCCAUUCUCAAACUGUGCUGGCACACAUCAGUCACAAGCCACCAAAAAGAUCAAAAAGUAUCUCAGGAGUGACAAAAAGAGCACGGCCUAAGAAAGUUCAACGCAAAGGUCGUACAUCAGGAAACAAUAGCACUUGCAUGGAAGAUGGCUGCAACACAGAUACAACUAAGCCGCCAUCUGUAAACGCAUCAGCAUCUGAAUCAAAACAACAGAUCCCUGAUAAAAACUCAAUAGGGCAGGAUGCCCAACCUGCUACCCUAGACAUGGAAAAAAUUCUUAUGUCUCGGUCAGUGAGUGACUAUGAUCUUAAGCCAAUGACAACCAAGGGGCAAAAUGACCCUAGUCAUAAAAGUCAUCCUUUGAGUCUCAAAGGCUCAUCCACCAAAGAUGUUCGACCUAAGACACCAAAGUGCCAGGCAGAGUGUAACCAUGAGGGCAGCCGUCCACAAGUUUUGCCGUCACGUCAGCCUAGUCAAACAAAAGUAGAAAAGAGUCAAACUCAUCAUCCCUCUUCAUGCAAUACUUGGGGUCCAAAUGUAUCAGAGGGUUCCCAGCCAUCUGGCUUCAGCUAUAACUUGCUGAACAACUUACCCAAUCUUUUGACUGUAGAGAAAGUCUCUCAAGAAUUGGCUGCUCUCAGUGACAAUGAUGACACAGAAGAUGGGGACAAUGAUGUGGGCAUCAAGAUGAGAAAGCAGGAGAACUUCAAGUGUGUUCAAUUGAAAGGUGCAGCUGCUUGUCACUGUGACAGUGUUAACCACACUGAGAUGAAUUCCAAAGACUGGGACACCCUUUAUUUAGUUGAUGGUGCCAGUAAUGAUUUUGUGGAUAAUUCUUCCAAGAAUUACUCUGCCUUCAAAAUGGCAAUGAAAGCCUCAAAAACCAACUGCCAUUGUGAAGAGAAAUCUCUAGAGAGUAGUGUGGCACCCAACAAAUGCUUGGUACAUGCAUCAUGCACUUGUCGUUUAUUGAAUGGCAGAAAAACAAAAUUACAAUUACACCCGGAAAACAGAGUUUCCUCCAAAUGUAGCUUCAUAUCUGACAAAGAUAUCCCAGAACUAGGGGCUGGAGCCAAUGUUUCUCAAAUGCCUGAUCCAUUGUUUUGUUCUUGCAAAUUAGAUCAUGAUAAGGAAACUGUAACUAGCAAUUGUUCAGUGGUCAAUAAGCAGCUGUCCACUUCCACCAGUGGCGUAGCUGAUGUGUUUGACAUUUCCCUUUCAAAGCCAGACCUGAAGGCAAUGAAAUCCUCUUUGUGUGAACAUUGCACUAAUGUGAAAUAUUCUCUUAAACCCAAUUUAGCCUACAGCAAAGAUUGUCCUUCUUGCCCUUUUCACAAACAUGCCGACAGAAGUGUCAAAAACCAUCAUGUGACUUUUUCAAACAGCCACCCCCAUCAAAGACCUGUUGGCUCACAUAGUUGGCCUGAUGUCUUGGCUCAGCGGCAUGCAAAUGACAUUCAAAACAGUGACAAAGAUUGCAUCUGUCAAUUGCAGUCCAAGAAUUCCAUGCUGGGUUCUGAGUCGCAGCUUCAGAAUUUUUCUGAGGCUUUUGUCCAGGAACUCCUCAGUGAUGAAACAUUUAGAGAGAUGAGCUGUAACUCCCUCUUGGUGCACUCAGACUUGGAGAACUCUUCAUCCUCUUUCAGCCACCUCUCAAAUUCAUCUUCAUCCAUCUCCUCCCUCUCGUCGUCAUACAGGGUUUCAAACCUUGAUCACAUUCCCACAUCACUGCCGUCCUCUUUGACUGUCUCCACCACAGCCCUGUGCUCUGAAAUACCAGAAGAUCCCUCACAGCCUACCAUACCCCUUGAAACAUAUGGGGAUAAGGAAGUGACCUCUAACAUAAAUAUUCUUAAAAAUGACACGCUUGACGAGAGCAUGGAGCAGAUCAACCUUUCUGAUGGAGAGAGACCUUCCGAUGUCUCAAACUACAAUCCCUCAGACUCUGAUGGAGAGUCUGAUGUCCCUGAAAAUGAAGAACUCCUCAACAAGUUUGAGGAAAAAUGGAAGAAAUUAAGAUUUCAAGAACAGGACAUAGGAAAAGAUGGUAUUGAGGACAAGUUGUCUCAGACAGCCUCCAGUCUGCCCUCCUCAACAGGUAUUAAUAAUCCCAACAAGUCAAGUGUCCUGGGGAAGCAAAAUGAUCCAAGGUCAGUGGUUGGAAUUCUUACCAGAAAGCCAUCCCCACUGAAAGAUCUGGCACUUGGCAGAACUGCAAACUGCAAUGUUACUGCAAACUCUUCUGGAAGUGAUAUCGACAUGGCAGAGACAAGGAGCCAACUCAGGCGAAGAAGGCGUGCAUCUGGCACUGCUGAAAGCGGGGAAGGUAUUAGGAACAGGAAUGUGCCUAGCACACUGGGCCUCCGCCCCCAUGAGUCCAGCGGUAAACACUUGAGUUCUUCUGAGAAUGAGACUGGCGGACAUACGCCUGAAGGCUCCAAUAAAGCCACAAUGAGCUCAGAGGAAUGGGAAGACCACAUGCAGUCUGAUGAAACUACAUCGUCCAACUACUCCAGUAGCUGUGGGAACAGUGACGACUCUGGGGAGGAUGGAGAAGAGAAGACGGAAUAUACGACCAGUACCCUCCAUGUCAUUAACCUGUUGCAACCGGGUUUGCAGCCUGGCUGCCUGCCUCAUCUAAUACAGACAUCCAAUGGACUUCUUACGCCUGGUAUAAGCACCAAUCAGAGCUUCAUGUUUCGCAAACCACAACAGGGUGGAUCACCAACCAGUUCAGGAACCAUUACACAGUCAGACAAAGUCGCUUGUGUUAUCUGGGAAGGUAAUGAGUGCAAGAAACUUGAUUUGACUGCUCUAGACAUUGGCUGGGCAAUAAUUGACAAGGUGGACAGUCUUCCAGAAUCCUCUGACUACUUCCUGAUUGGUUUAUUGUUUUCAGUUUUAAUGGGUUUGGUGCCUAUUGUGUUCAGAGUGUAUGUCAACAAAGAAAUGACUCGAUGGGAAGAUUUUAUUAGCUGGUCUGGGAUACUGGCUCAGCUCUCUGAGGUGCCAAGUUUGAUCUUCAAUACUUAUUCCUGGAGACAAUACCUUCUAAUGAUCAAUGGAAUCCUGCAAAGAUUCUUCCUGAGUUUGAUCUUCUUCUUUUUGCUGUCAGUUGCUGAUAGAACAUUUAAACAGCGUCUACUAUAUGCUAAACACUUCAGUUAUCUAACCUCAUCCAGACGAGCCCGCAAGUUUGCAAUGCCUCAUUUUAGGCUGAACAAAGUCAGGAAUAUAAAAAUAUGGCUGUCACUUAGGUCCUACUUAAAGCGUCGUGGACCUCAGAGAUCUGUGGAUGUCAUUGUUUCAGCGAGCUUUAUGUGCGCCAUCUGUACAGUCUGUCUGAUUUCACUGCAGAUGUUGAAAGACACAGAGAGCUUUCUUGACUAUCUUUGCAACUGGGAACUGAUGGUCUGGUGCAUUGGUCUUGGAGUCUUCCUCAUGCGCUUCAUGACUGUGGGUCUAAAGAUCAACAAGAAGUACAGGAACCUGUCUGUACUUAUCACUGAGCAGAUAAACCUUUACCUGCAGAUGGAGCAGAAACCACACAAAAAGGAGGAGCUUAUCUUGGCUAAUAAUGUCUUGCGAUUGGCUGAAGAUUUGUUAAAGGAGCUUGAAAGUCCAUUCAAGAUAUCUGGAUUCUCUGCUAACCCUUUGAUCUACAACAUCAUGAGAGUAGUUGUCCUGUCUGCAUUUUCAGCCGUACUCACAGAGGUCUUGGGAUUCAAACUCAAACUGCACAAGAUCAAGCUUAAAGGUUGAGCCGGUCCUCUGCACAGUUUUUAUUGUUAGCCUUGAUGGAGGAUGUGAGGGGCGUGUGACCUUACUGGUCAGUGGCGCCCCCUUCCUCUAUUUGUUAGCUCGCCUUAGAAGGUCAUACGGCUCGAGAGUAGCCAACAUGCCCCAAGAGCCUCGUUGGAAAUCUCUUCCUCCAAGCCGGACCCCUUGAGUGUUUCUUAGUACCAACUGCCCUGAAGUUAAGGUCAUGCAAGAUGUUGUAUUGCAACACUCAACAGUUGUUGCACUUUUACUGAUCUCGUUCUUCAUAAGUAAUGUCAUGGACAUUGAAUAGAAGCAUGUCCUACCAAACAAUUGGGAAUUGUUAGAUCCUAAUUGACCUACAUUGCCCUGUCUACAAUGUCAUGAAACUGUUGAGGGGAAAUUGUCUUUUAGUUAGAUGUCCAGAGCAUUGAAAAGUAUUUAAAUAUUGCAGUAAGACUAAUGUCUCUUUUUUUUUUUUACAUUAUCCAUCACAAGUUGCAGGCACCAAUAAGGAAACAACGAUGUAUGGCUUUUUAAUUAGGAAUCAAGUCGAAUCCUUUUAUUCUAAACUUGUUUUUCUUUUAGAUAUACAUAUUUACUGGACAUGGAAUAAGUUGCCAGUGAUCCUGUGAAGUCUAAUGUAAUGUUUUUGACUCCAACAUAAUUCUAAAACGUGUGCCUAUGUUGAAGUAAAUAUCUCAGUUGAUAGUGAUGAGUGAUUAUUUAAAAAAAGAAAGAGUAAUUUUUUGUUUCAAUUUUUUUUCAUUUACAAGUAGAUUUUCCUGUAGCUGUUAAUUAGGUAAUUAUUAUCUCAAAUGAACUUCUUGCCUGCUUCCUCAAUAUGAGAAACUAGUUCUGUAUGUGCUAAUCAACACUAGAAGACACUUGCUACCUCUUCUAGCAAAAGUUUGAACUUUUUACAGUAACCUGUGUCUGUAACAACUAUGAUUCCAGUCAUAAACUGCCAAUAUGCAUUAAACAUACUAGCCCCACUUCUCACUUGAUAGACACCACUAGUAAAGAAUCUUUUUUAUAUUGUGUACUGCAAGGCAAUAGCACUCACAAUUUACUGUAGGAUAAUUGACCUUUGUUUUAGGCAUUCAGUGUCUCUCCAGAAAAAUGUACAUAUUUUCUUCAAAGUUUUCACUUAAAGUCAAAUUUUUUUAACCAGCUUUUUUUGUCACAGAGACAUAAUUCAGUUGUAGUGGAUAUUCUUGAGUUCUGUGGGAGAUAUCAAUUAUUUUUAUGUUAGCAUUGCAUUUCUCAAUAUUAUUUUUUACUCAGAAAAAAAAAAUCUUAAUUUAUUCUUAUUUAGAAUUCAUCUUAUAAGAGAAAUAGUUUGAUACAUUUUGUGGAAGUGUGUAUGUGUGCGGUUUCUAUCAGACAAAUGUAAAUGUCUUCUCGAUUAGAACAUCUUGAGAGAAGAGUUGAAUAUUUCUUAGCCCUACACUCUACAUUCAGAAUGCCCAAAACACUGGCCAGAGUUGGUUGUGAAUUUUAAGUGACCCAAAGACAGGUAAACAAUGCAGAGUUGAGAAAUACUGAAUGCUAGCUCUGAUAUCAAUAUUUGUAUUAUUGUUUUAUCUUCUAAACAUUCUUUAUCUCUUGUAUUUUAUAAGAAUUUGAUUAUAGUGCAUUAAGAUUAAGCCUAAACCCUUUAUGUUUUCAAAUUCCGACUGCUAUUUUAAGAUUAAGAUUUAAAAGUUGUUUUGCUAUCAAGUUUUUUGUCUAAUGCAUGUCUAUGCAGCUUUACAAUGUAACAUUGCACUCCAUUGAGUGAUCUUCAUCCACAUGUGGAUAGUGGUUUGAGUGACUUGAUACUUAGCAGUUGUCAAUGGAACAUUUUGGAUAUCUUAUUGAAAUGUAGAGUACUGAUUGAAAAAUUCAAAACAAACAAAAAGUUGUGCCCUUGGCAGUAUUAGUUUUACUGGCUUCAUUUUUUUGUUUAUAUCAGAGAAGUAUGGAGAUGAUGAUUUCACCAAUGAGUUGAUUCUAGGGAGGCAUGGCUUGCUACUGUCUUUUAAGCAAACAAACAAUAAAUAACUUUAUUUGACCAGCAGAUGGUUUCAGCUUAUUUCUUUCUGUUAUUAUUCUUUUAUUCACACAAAAUUAGUUCAGACUAAGCAUUUAAAUCAGGGGUUCUCAACCUGUGGGUCACGACCCCUUUGGGGGUCAAUUGACGAUUUGCCAGGGGUCACCUAAGACCAUCAAAAAUGUGGAUUGUUUUUGACUAUUCUUCUAUUGCUAAGUGUGUGUGUGUGGGGGGGGGGUGCAGCAUAGUGAGGGAUAGUAAGAAAGGGUCGCUGAGCUUAAAAGGUUGAGAACCACUGAUUUAAAUCAAAGCUCUUUUUUUUUUUUUUUUAAAUUUCAUUUCAACUUUUGUUUUCUCUUUCCAAUUCCUUUUUUUAAAUCUUUUUUUCCAAUUUUUUUUUUUUUUCCAAUUCUAGUUUUUCUAUAGUUUUAAAAAGUUGACAAUUUGCUUUAGAUUUUGUUACUAUUUGUGUAAGAUCAGGUAAUUCUAUUUCUAUUACUAUUGGCUAAAUAGACAUAAUGUAAGAGUCUGAACUUGAUGCUAGACAUAUGAGGUGACUUAAGCUGUUUUUUUUUUUUUGAGACAGUUAUUGGUGUUAGUUCUUAAGAAUAUAAUUGUACUGGUUGCAGUAAUGUGUGGGUAGAAAAGAUUCAUUAUUGAUUAUAGUCGACCCUCAGUUGUAUUUAAACUUGCUUUAAGUUUGGCCAUUCACAGUUUAGAUCCUUUCCAAGUUGAAGGCCAUGGACAUUACUAAAUAAAACUAUUUGUGCAAACAAAUUUUUCAGGCCUGUCAGUUUUGUUUUUGAAGAUUAUUUUAGUGAGGAGUUGAGCUUAUUUAGCUAUUUUUUAUAUAUAUUUUUUAAUGUGUUGAAAGAUUUAUCUUGAUUUCAUUCUAUGAGGUGGGAAAUAGUAUACUCAUUUAACUGUCUCAGACUGAUGUCUGCCCAAUUACCAGCCAGCAUCAGCCAGUAGGUUAAUAGGGUCAUGGCUUGAUGCUCCAGCUCAUUUGCUUAUUGUUAUGUGUGUAUUGUGGUCAGUACACAGUAACUCAAUGUGUCAAUGUUGUACUGUUCUCCAAUAAAUGAAAUGAUUGUCCGUAUGACACCUGAGUUGUUUGUAGUAAUCAGUGUUACACUCAUCUUUUGUGUUUGAAACAGUAUUUGGCAUACUGGUAUAUGUUGAUCAGAGAUUGAUAGACAAUAUGGUCUCUUGUGUCCAUGUAGUAUGAGAUUGAUAGACCACAUGGUCUCUCUUGUGCCCAUGUAGUAUGAACCAUUUUUUACAAGGUCAUGGACAUACGAACAAUUAUUUAAAAGAAAAUUUGAUAAACUUAUGUCAUUGACUGAUUUAUUAUGAAUAACAGAUUUAGACAAUCUUCCAAUCCAUUUUUUUCUUUGAUGUGAUUGUAUUCUUUUCAUGACACUCCGUAGAUCUAAUACUAAUUAUUUUGCUUUUAUUUUCAAGUUUCAAAAGUCCUGUUUCACUUUUCUGUAGUUUCAUUUUUGCAACAUUGAACCUUUUAAUUUUUGGUCCUUUGUUCCCUUGCAGCCCCCUUCUCAUUUUUUUCUGUAACUUUUAUGUUGUGUUUCCAAUAAGUAUUUCUUGUAUUCAUAUUAUGUUGUAUUAGCUCUCUAGACAUCCUUUAUUUUGUAAGAUUGUACUAACACUCUCUCUCUACAUAGAAAUAUAUACAUUUAAAACUAGUCAUAUUUUUGUGUCAUUUUCUUUAAUAUAGUCAUAAUUUUGAAGUAGAUUUUUUUUUUAGAUUCACUAAUUCCUAGAGCGCUGAAUAAGACAUGUUAAAACAAUUUAAAAGAAUAUUUAAAACAUGUUAAAACAAUUUAAAAGAAUAUAUAAGAUAUGUUAAAACAAAUUAAAAGAAUAUAUAAGACAUGUUAAAACAAUUUAAAAGAAUAUUUGGCAUAAAAAGAUUAGUACUGCCUAAGUUUUUUUUGUUGAGUAUUUCAUUGUGUGUGUUUUUUUUAAAUGCUGUUAUUCCAAUUCAUGUGCACAUCUAUUCAAGAGAUUUUAAACCAGCGAGAAACCAAAACCAUUACUAUGACUGAAGUUGUGUAUGUUUAAACCUAUUUGUUGUACGCCCUGUUGUAAGGGCACCAAUGUAGAUAUGUUCAUUAAUGGAAUUGAAGACACUAGAGACAUUCUUGCUCAACAUUUAGUGUUGUGGAUCACUAGAGACAUUACUGCCUGUGAUGUACUUGUCACUGUUAGAUUUAUUUGUCACAUUAUUUUUUAUAAGACAUGAAUAAAACAGUGGCUUUUUUUUUUUUUUUAAAGAAAAAUGUACUAGAUUGUUCUUGCAUUGUGUUUACAGACAGAAAGUAAUCUUCCUUUGGUUCUGACUAAAAAAAGUUUAUUCCAAGUAUGACCAGAAUUUGAAUUAUUUAUUUGACUCAAAAUCUUUGUAAGUCAUUUGUGAUUAUGUACUAGAUACUGCAGCCAGAAGCAUGGCCAACUCAGCUGACAUUACUUUUGUUAUUGAUACUAAGAGAUUAAUCAUCCUCGCAUAAAGCAGGAAGGAUUUCAUAGAAUACUGUGCAUUUAUCACUUGGCCAAAAAGUGUUAAAAUGUGUUGCUAUUAUUCUAGUUGGCCAUCUAUAAUGUGGCAGUGAGCCAACAGAUUUGACUAUCUGCCAAGAGUUGGACUCACUUUGCCUCCUUUAAAGCCUUGACUGCACCAUUUUUUAAACACAUCUUAGAAGAGAUGAUUCCAGCAUCCAUCCACUUUGAUAAGGAACCUUGAUUACCAAUCCAUUUAUGUCCAUUUGCUUUUAUUGACAUUGUUAAUUUAUAACCUUAGAGUUAUGUGACUCAGACACUUGUUUUAUAAAAUAUAUUAUGCCAAUGUCAUUGUGGAUGUUGAGAGAUGUCUUGUUUGUUUUUUUUUGACAGCUUUAUUAACCAAAAAUAAUCAUUUAAUUUUGUGGUUUGAUGUUUUAUUUUUUUAAUCCAUUGAGUCUUUGUAUUUAUUGUAAACUGAAAAUAGUUGAAAAUAAAAGUAAUGGAGUUUA